GAUUUUCUGUCUCAGAUUGAUGCUGUUCGCAGAUCUCUACACCAGUAACAUACCCUCUAGUUUCUCGGCCUACUCGGCUUUUGCGCUGCGCGAUAGCAUUGUCGCCAAUCUCAAAGAUACGGUCAACCGCAGGUCGUUGGCCUGAUGCCACCACAAACACGAUAACCAUACUCCACCAGGCAAAGAAUCCACAUUGAGCAAGAUCACACUGCAGAACACAGCUUCUAGUUAUACUAAAGGGCGGCAUUCCAUUUGAGCAGAGCCGAUCUAGCAAAUACCUGACGGCGAAAAUAGCGAUCGACGUCCUCCCCUGCCACAUGACCCGAGAGCCUGAGAAGUACCGGCGGCGGCGCCCAUAUGGCAAGAGAAAGGGCGGUCAAGGCGGGAAGGCCAGAUAGUCGUCCCAACAGUCAAUAUUGCGGCUCUCAGGGCACAACCUUGACUACAUGAGUUUCAAGGAAUCCUCAAAUCAAAUCCACCAGAGCAUUCUCGCUCGAUUUGCGAAACCCUUCAGGAUGGUAAGGACGGUGAUGCUCGUAUGUUAUGAUGGCGGUGCGGUGUGCUGCGGCGAACUGAAACGCAGGGAAUACGUGCAAGCGGGUGUUCUGUGUCCGCAGCCUAGUUGGGCCGGAAACUGGGACCUGUCGCCCAUCGUCAUCAACAUUCGGUGCCAUCUCCAUUCAUCGUCACGCCAGACCAUCGCGAUGGCCGCCGACAACCCCUUCGCAGAUAUUUUCAAUUUCCAAAUUGCUGAUCCACAAGAUGACUCACAAAUGCAGGACGCCGACGAUGUUGACCGUGCCGACGCAUCUUCCCUCCCUGACUCGGCCGAAUUGAAUACGACCCCAAAUGAAACUGUCGACGACUCACAGAAGGAGUGCGUCUCCGAAAAGAGAUAUUAUCUGCGUAGAACCAAGCUGUCCUUCCUCCAGGUGGCGGAAUGGGAUCAAGAGAAGGCGUACGAUGACGAUCCUCCCACAUGUCUUCACUAUUCCAUCGAGUGGAAGGUGACUGUCAGCGGCAAGACGAUUGGCAAAGACACUGAGCCGGAUGUGGUGCUGGCACCAGGUUCUUACUGGCGACAAUUCUUGCGAUCUCGGGUAGAGAAGCUCCUGCAAAAGAAAGUGUCUCCCAACCGCAGUGUCAGAUGUGAUGACACCAAUGUCGUCGUCUCAGUCAGCGACCGGACGGAGCGCGAUCUCACCAAGCGAUUUGACGAGACCGAUAUUGACUGGGCCCUGGUGGAGAAGCAAUUGGUCGUGUGGGAGGCCUUUUUUCGAGCUGGCAAGAAGCUGCGGGUCGACCUAUCAUUCAACUACAUCGACGCCGGUCGAGCAUUAGCCAGCGGUUCCGGUAAGAGAGGGGGUAAAAGAGGUGCCAUUUCGGCCACUCAACACAUGCGCGCCGAACUAAGUGCACAGCUCGACGCUGAAGAAACCGUGUCAGGUCAGCCCUCAAUCUGGCGAGAUGUGUAUAAUCUCAUGCGCUGCCCGGGUCCGCCCUGCCACCUCGGCCCUCACUGUUGGCGGGAUCCGGUCGGCAAGAGACAUUACAAGUUGAAUACUCAUCACCUGCGCAGCCUCAUUCGGCAUGUCGAACUGGGUGGCACUUUACAAAGUCAUGAUGAUGUGCCUGACGAUAUUCGGCAGCAGUUAUAUGCAGAGGAGCAGCAAAAGAUGGAGAAGAGGAGGGCAGAUACUACCAAAUCUCCCGGUGUCAUCCCAUCGAUUAACAUCACCAACGUCAUGCCAGGAAGUACUGCCCAGACUCCAUUAUCACAUCCCAAUGUAGCAACGCCCGAUGCCGUCGUACCUUUGGCGGCGGCCGUGACAUGUCAACUGCGCAUUCCCAGUCUGCGUGACGUAGCGGUAACUGACUACUGUAUCUGGCAGCAAUCCCAGGUGCGUCACGAGUCACUCAAAGCGGAGUUUCGAAAGGCUCGGGAUGCAGUGUUGUUAGAAGGUCUUGAUCUCGAGCAGGUGCAUGAAGAUCAAGAUUCCGAAUUCCUCAUCAAGAAAGGAGUUAAAAGAGGCAUUGCACGGCGUUUUAUCCGCGACAUUGAGGUUUGGGCUAAGCGUCCCAGAAGUGAUUCGACGUAG